AUGGGAAACAGUAAGAGCGGGGCCCUGUCCAAGGAGAUCCUGGAGGAGCUGCAGCUGAAUACCAAGUUCACAGAGGAGGAGCUCUGCACCUGGUACCAGUCCUUCCUGAAGGAGUGCCCCAGCGGCCGCAUCACACGGCAGGAGUUCGAGAGUAUCUAUUCUAAAUUCUUCCCAGAUGCUGACCCCAAGGCCUAUGCCCAGCAUGUGUUCCGUAGCUUUGAUGCCAACAGUGAUGGCACCCUGGACUUCAAGGAGUAUGUCAUCGCCCUGCACAUGACCACUGCAGGCAAGCCCAACCAGAAGCUAGAGUGGGCCUUCUCCCUCUAUGACGUGGAUGGCAAUGGCUCCAUCAGCAAAAGUGAAGUGCUUGAGAUUGUUAUGGCUAUUUUCAAAAUGAUCAACCCUGAGGAUGUGAAGCAUCUUCCAGAUGAUGAAAACACGCCAGAAAAGCGAGCUGAGAAAAUCUGGAGAUUUUUUGGAAAGAAAGAUGAUGAUAAACUUACAGAGGAGGAGUUCAUUGAGGGGACCCUGGCCAAUAAAGAAAUCCUGCGACUGAUCCAGUUUGAGCCUCAAAAAGUGAAGGAAAGGUUAAAGGAAAAGAAACCCUGA